AUGGUGGUGGCCACGCUCAUUGUCAUGAAUUGCGUCUUCGUGCUCAACGUGUCUUUGCGGACGCCCGCCACUCACGCCACGUCCCCGCGGAUGCGCCACAUCUUGCUGGAGCUGCUGCCGCGCCUCCUGGGCUCGGGUGCGCCCCCGGAGGCCCCCGGGGCAGCCUUGGUCCCGAGGCGGGCCUCGUCCGUGGGCCUAUUGCUCCGCGCCGAGGAGCUGAUCCUGAAAAAGCCGCGAAGCGAGCUCGUGUUUGAGGGGCAGCGGUACCGGCACGGCACCUGGACCGCCGCCCUCUACCAGAGCCUGGGCGCCGCCGCCCCCGAGAUCCGCUGCUGUGUGGAGGCCAUCAACUUUUUGGCGGAGAGCACGCGAGACCAGGAGGCCGCCGGCGAGGAGGUGUCCGACUGGUUGCGCAUGGGGAAGGCCCUGGACAACGUCUGCUUCUGGGCGGCGCUGGUGCUCUUCAGUGUGGGCUCCAGCCUCAUCUUCCUGGGGGGCUACCUAAACCGGGUGCCCGACCUGCCCUACCCUCCGUGCAUCAAGGCCUGA